AUGGGGUCAGAGGGAUGGGAUUAUGAGCCGCUGGCAGAUCUUCAAACACCAGGUGCUGCCACACCGGCAUCAACACCACCAAAUUCUCAGAGGGUUCAUACAUCCAGGGUUUGCUUUGAGCCGGAGAAUCUCGAAGUGACCCGACGCCGCAGCAGCUCAAAACUCAUGGCAACUUCCCUCAGGAGGCGCAGCAGGAGCAUGAGCGCUUGGAGUGACUUAUCAAGAUGCUCUUUCAGACUCGAUGAAAGAGCGCAGGGGAAACAGCUUGUCCGUGACAGCUAG